CUCCGGUUUAUAUUUGGGGCCCGUACUAGCAGAUAAGUUCUUGUGCGGAUCACCAACUCAUAACUCUGACUUUAAUACGUACUAUCAUAUAUACUACUAUUAAGGGAAAGAAGUGACGACUACGAGCAUAAGACCUUUUGAUCCCAUUUGUUCUUCGAUACUAACUAGUUAACCAUCUUGAAAUAUCUUUACCAUAAUGGGAAGCCUCCAGUCGUGGGAGCAAAUUGUUUCCCGGAAGCGUUCUCUACGGAAUCAGCUCCUAAAGCCGUAUCAAGUCAAUGAUAUCGACCGGCGUCUCCCCAAGCUGCUCUCUGUCCAGGAGCGCACGUGUAUCCAUGAAGAUCCUGCAAUCCAGGAGAUCACGGACAUUGACAGCGUGCCUGAGCUUUUCGAAUGCCUGAAAUCGGGCAAAUACACGGCUGAGCAGACGACAUUAGCUUAUAUCAGAAGAGCUGUGGUAGCCCAUCAGUUGACCAACUGCCUCACGGAAAUUGUGUUCGAAGAUGCCUUAGAACAAGCCCGGCAACUUGACCAUGCCUUUAAACAAACCGGUCAAAUCAAGGGACCACUCCACGGCAUUCCGGUUACAGUAAAAGAUCAGUUCAAUGUCAAGGGUGUUGACACCACACUUGGCUAUGUGGGACGUUCUUUUGCUCCCGCUACAGAAGAUGCAGUCCUAGUGCAAAUGCUGAAGGAUAUGGGCGCUAUUGUGCUGGCGAAAACCAAUCUACCACAGAGUAUAAUGUGGGCUGAAACAGACAAUCCGCUUUGGGGACUGACCGUCAACCCACGGAAUCCUGAAUUUACACCAGGCGGUUCUACCGGAGGGGAAGCUGUUUUAUUGGCAUUGCACGGCUCUAUCCUGGGAUACGGAACAGACAUCGGUGGCAGUGUGAGGAUUCCUCAGAGUCACAUGGGUCUGUAUAGCCUGAAGCCUACUAGCAGUAGGCUUCCGUAUCAUGGCGUACCGGUAUCUACCGAGGGGCAGGAGCAUGUUCCCUCUUCAGUUGGCCCCAUGGCACGAGAUCUAUCAUCUCUCUGCUAUGUAAGCCGACUCAUUGCUAAUGCACAUCCGUGGCAGUUUGACCCCAAAUGUACCCCGUUACCCUGGAACGACAGCGCACACGAAGAAGUCCAAAACCGGCCUAUGGUGAUCGGACUCAUUUUGGACGAUGGAGUGGUGAAGGUUCAUCCUCCCAUCGAGAGAGCGCUCCGGGAUCUUGCCGCAGAACUUGAAGCGCACGGCCACGAGCUAGUCCUCUGGGAUGCUUCCGAUCAUCUAGAAUAUAUCCAACUCAUGGAUGCUUUCUACACAGUGGAUGGGGGUGAAGAUAUCCGCCGUGAUGUGGAAGCGGCCGGGGAGCCUUAUAUUCCCCACGUGGAAGCAUUGGUGAAUCGCGGAAAAGCCAUUUCCGUCUACGAGUACUGGCAGCUCAAUAAGAAGAAGAUUGCGCUGCAGAAGAAAUACUUGGACAAAUGGAACGCAACACGCUCUCCCUCUGGGAAGCCCAUUGAUGUACUCUUGGCCCCGACAACGCCCCAUCCUGCUAUUCCCCAUCGAACGCUGCGGUGGGUUGGAUAUACCAAAAUCUGGAAUUUCCUUGAUUACUCCGCUGUUACAUUCCCAGUGGAUCAGGUGCGGGCUGAGGUGGACGAACUGCCAGCAGGAUAUCAACCGAGGAACGAGCUGGACGCAUGGAACUGGGGGCUUUACAAUGCGGAGGCUAUGGAUGGUCAUCCGAUUAAUGUUCAAAUCAUCGGCAAGAAACUAGAAGAGGAGAAGGUCCUAGGAGCAGCGACUGCCAUUGAGAAGAUUUGGCGCAGCUAG